GCAUUUUGUUCAUAUUUAGAUCUCGAUUUGAAUCUCCUGCAUUUAAAAUUCUAACAUUAUAGCGACACUUAGAAGAAACGACGUCCAAGUUAAGCCUAAUCGCGACCCUGGAAGUGCCCAGAUGUGCGGAUACGUCCUUUUUGUUAACCUCUGCGGAUGCUACUGUGGGCUAGAAUGCGAGACGUCCUGUCCUCUGAUCCUGGAAGAGCUAAAUCGAAUAAACGACCCAGAAUCCUGGACGCCAGACAACAUCAAUGAUUUACCAUUCGAUUUCCCUGACAUCUGCAUCCCAGGCUGGCACAAUACCCGUUUAAUCAGCACACACCGCGUUUGUUCUCCACGGUGGUGGUUCAACUGUCCCUCUGUGGCCAACCCAUCCCAUCCUCGCAGCUAGCGAUUCAGAUAAUGCUUGGGCAAGGAUGGAAUAAGGCAGCGGCGGCUAGCUUCGAAUAUUAGACCCAAGAAGGAGUAGAGGGUAAUAUUUUGGGGGAACUGCAA